AUGAAUAUCAUUCUAGGCGUUGGAGGACAAGAAUCAGGAAUUCAUGUAAAACUGGUUCGGGCGAAGCUAUCUCAACGACAACUCAACAAUUCUGAGCUCCAAACUAUCUCUAACUCUGCUCAACCCUUGUUUAUGGGCUCCAGUGCAUUGCUCCUUUUUGUGCACAAUGUGAAGAUCUACACUCCUACGUUGCCUGGUCACUGGCCUUUUGACCCCCUAGGCAGGUAUUGGUCUGGCUCUUCUUGCGAGGCACAAACCGGACGGUGA